AUGGCACCGCCACCACUUCGAGUCGGCGUAACGGUUGAUGGUAGCCGUAUGACUAUCACGUUUUCACAAAGAGCGUGUGCUCAGCGAUACAACGACUAUCUGACAAGACUUGAGGAUUCGAUUUAUGAGAUUCAAGAAUGCGGAUUCUCUGCAUCACGAAACGCAGUCUUCAUGAUUCUGCCUCCGGAAAUCACCACCACUCCUCCAUCACCUGAUAAUCCCAAAAACUCCACCUUGAUCCUCGAAGACAAGGCAAAAGCGAUAACCUGGGGGCAGAAAAUGAUCCUUUGGAAAACAGAUAUUGAAGCAGACGGUACACAAUUAAGCCUUGUGACAGUCUGGAAGGUUGAUGAUUUUUACGAACGGCUGCGGCUUCCCAAGCAAGACAGCGAUGAUGAAGAAGGGACCGAGUUUCCUGUUGACGUAUCGCAAAGGCAAGGGUCGAUUGGUCGGCCAGAUUGUUCUGAUCCUUAUGAUUAUCCGUCUGUCAGAAGACUGUUCUUUCGUGUAUAA